UGUUAUCUUUCAUAGAUUUGAAAGAAAUAUCUUUAAUGGGUUUUUUUCAUAGAUAAGUCAAUUAAUAUAUCAGGUCAUUGUUUGAUUAUUAAGUAUAAUAUUAAAUACUCACAAAAUAUAAUAAUGUUCCAAAAAAGAAUAUGACCCUUAGGCUAAGACGGAGGUUUGAGAUAAUCUUAUUUGCAGACAACACUUAAAUAUAUUUUUUUAAAAAAUCACAAGGUUCAAAUAUGAUAUAGUCUCAUCAAUGUAACGGUACUUGCAAACGUCAAGUUUUUAUAACUGGUCUUUACCCAGUUUUUGUGCACGCAUCAAUGCAGAAUAAGGUGAUUUGGACUGUGUCAUUGCCAAAAACGCCGCAAUCAUGUCGCUAACAUCAGCAAGGGUCACAUUGUGCGAGUGAUUUCAAUCCUUCAUGAAUAUUUAUGGGAACUACACACAUUUUGUUAAAGCCCUUCGAAUAUGUGUUUAAAGAGAACACGUCAAGACCUGUCUUUUUGAAAUCGUUAAGCAAAUCGGUUUAGAAUUACAAAACAACAUGGCUGCCCUAUGGAUGUAUUAAAACGUUACAGUCUGUUCUGCUAAACUUAUUUGGGCAUUCUAAACAGUACCAGAAUAUAUGGAUGACCCUGUAUUGUCGCCUCACGACCUUUGGAACCAACACUCUUAGUAGGGCGCAGUCAGUUGGCAAUGCAGGCAAGAAAAACGUCUUGAUUUCGAUGGCAACCUUUUAAAAGAAAUUAAUAGGCCGUCAAACAGCAACCCAGGCGAAAACCAGUCAUGCAAAGUCACUCCAAUUCGCACAAAGAGCACACGGCGGGUGUGACCGGUCAGCAGAGGAUGCUCACUCCUCCAUGGCACCUUAUCCUACCUCUAUCUUUUUAGAGGGAAGAAAUUUGUGAAGUUAAUUAAGAAAGGUUAAUAUUUGAAGUAUUGAAAACACAAACGAUUGGAAAACGAUGGGGAAAACGAUGGGGUGGAGACAUAUCAAAGUUGCUUUGCUUUAUUUAUUUUGUAUAAGUAUCUAUGUGUAUAUCUUUUUUCAAAUCAAACCACAAGCUUUGAUUAAAUUGAAAAUUAUGAAUGGAAACGACCAAAGCACGGUGAUUCUUGAACAGCAGAGAAAAAUGAAAAGGAAAAUGACUCUUUGUGCAAACCUUUUCAAACUGAACCAAUCCAACACAAAAACCAACAUACUGAGAUUUGAAACAAGCUCCGAUCACUACGUACACAAUGAAUAUCGAGAUCCAGUUUUAACUCUAUUCACGACCUGGACUGCUACUAAAGACAAUUAUGCUCGACGAAACACAACCGUUGAAAACUGGGCGAUGCUAAAACCAUUUGUAGUCCCUCUACUUUUCACCAAUGACGAAGACCUGCGAGAAAGGGUAGAAAUUAAAGGUUGGAAAACUCUUCCUAUCUUAAAAACUGGUAUCGGGAUUCCAGUUUUAAAAGAUAUGUAUAUCACAACGAUGAGUAAGUUUCAAUCUAAGUUUUAUGCAUAUGCAAAUGGCGAUAUCUUGUUCACUGAUAAUCUACUAUUGACGCUUUUUGGAGUAAUGGAAAAUAUCGACCUCCAAAACAAUAAUGUCCUUAUAACUGGUCAAAGGACAAACGUUUUGAAUAUAUCUAAGCAGGAAUCAACGAAUUUUACAACGCUUAGAGAAAUGCUGACAACAAGAGGAGAACUAUUCACUCCAUGGGCAAUGGAUUAUUUUAUAUCAACUAGAAAUUUCCCUUGGAAAGAUAUGCCAGAUGUAGUGAUAGGUAGACGUGGUUUCGAUAACUUUUUAGUAAUGGAGUCCCAAAAACGAGAGUUUAUGGUAAUCGAUGCGACCAAUACAAUCUUAGCUGUCCAUCACACUACGGGUGCAGGAAAUUUCGAGCAUCUUAGCAAAGGGAAUGUUACAUACAACACCGAUCUUAUAUCGGAAUAUUAUGAUAACAAAACUGUUGAUUAUCGGCCGGGACUAUCAACCUGUAGCAAGUACUACUCAGAUAUAUUGGCAAACGGACAAUUUGUCAUCAGGGCUAGAAAGACAUUUUCACAAUGUUGAGUUUUUUGGAAUAUAAUUUUAUAAUAAGUCAACGGAGACUUUUUCCGGGGUCAAAGUGCUAAAAAAACAGCCUCUACCUCUUUUGUUGUGUUGCUUAUUCUAUCAAGAAUUUGAAUCUUGAAAACUUUUUUUUCUCAUCAGCUAAAGGACUUAUAUGUUUUAAGUGAUAUUUUUGUGUCACAUCUUCUUCUAUACAUGUAUCUUAAUAUCUUCAAACCGCCUGACAUCUGUUUCUAUGUAGAUG